AUAUAGGAGAAGAGAAGAGCAUCGGCGAGGAAACGCAGAGAGUGAAAGCAAUGAGAAUGAAAUCACCAAAUUCACCAUUCUUUCUUCCACUCUUGUUCUUCUUCUCCGCCAUCUCUCUUCUUCACCAAGCUUCGUUUCGCGUUUCAGGGCACCAAACCAAAGAAACUCAACAUGGCAAUGGAUUUGGGCGCAGAGUUCUUAUGAGUUUCAAGGAAAAGCACAAAGGAAGUAACCUUACAUUUGAAUGCGCACCUUCUGGUCCCUGUGUCCCUUGCCUCUACUCUGAAAAGGGUGAUGAGAAAUAUCGCUGCAGCGAGACUGGCUACCGAAUUCCAUUCAAAUGUGAAGAAAUUAAAGAUUCAAAGAAGGAUGCAGAGAAGAAAAAUCCUCAGAAAACUCGGUCCUCUUUGGAAGUCUCUAAUAGUACAAAACCUCAUAAAGUGUCACAUGUUGCUGGAGGGUUCACUAUUUCGCAAUCACAUAGAAGUUUACUUGAUAAUUCAUCGCCUUCAGAUAAUAAGUCACAGGCAUAUGUCACUUAUAGAAGCUGUAUACCUGCAGUUACUGAAGAGAAGUUGACGCUGCUUAGGUUUGAGGGGAUCAUGGUUAUUUUGUUGAUCAUUAGUGGAUCAAUCAUAUACCUGAGAAAAAAGAUGGCUGCUUCAGCCUCUGGUUAUGUAGCAGUAAGGACUCAGACAAAGUCAAGGUUUUGAAAUAGAAGCCUGCUGUGUGAUAAAAUUUGUCUCAUUCUGAAUCCUUUUCUUUUUCUUCAUUUUCUAAAUUCUAGUCACAAUGUAUGAUAUUUGAUUUUAAUAGGAAAUGAUCAAAUUUAGCACCCUCCAAAUGUUCAUUUCUUAUAGUGAUAUAAAUGUAGUUUAGUUUGAAAGGCCUUUGGCAUCGUUGCAGUUGUCAAGUGAUGGACCAGAGGUGAUAGAAACCAAUAUUCUUAAAUAUUCAAUUGUUGCUAAUUAAUUUGAAAGAAGCAUUUUGAGGUCAUGGUGUUGGACCUAUUUUGGA